AUGAGGAUCCAAUCUAUGAGGUUCUGGGAGUCCAAAGGGGGCCCCUGUUUUCCAGUUGUAGCCAUUUCCUUUCUCAGUUACAAGAAGAAAGAUGGGGACCUGGCAGCCUCUCAGGCUAGGUUUAAAGAUCUCGAGUCUCUGUACAACAAGAGUGAAGCCAAGCUCAACGUUGCCCUUUGUGAGAGCCGCUCCCUGGGGGAGGAAGUGGCUGACCUGAGGGCUCAGCUUGCCAAGGUGGAGGAUGCCCACGAAGUGGCCAAGCAGCAGCUGGAAGCCGAGACCCUGCUGAGGGUGGAUCUAGAGAACCGCUGCCAGAGCCUGUCUGAGGAACUGGAGUUCCGCAAGAGCAUGUUUGAAGAGGAGGUGCGUGAGGUCCGGCACAGUCACGAGAAGCGCCUGGUGGAGGUGGACAGCGGACGGCAGGCGGAUUACGAGUACAAGCUGUCUGAGGCUCUGCAGGACCUGAGGAAGCAGCAUGACGAGCAGGUGGCAAUCUACAAGCAGGAGCUGGAGAACACCUUCCAGUCCAAGCUGGGGAAUGCCAAGAUUAGCUCCGAGCAGAAUGACAAGGCUGUGUGCGCUGCCCGCGAGGAACUGCAGGAGGCGCACAUGAGGAUCGAGAGCCUGGGAUACCAGCUCUCCUCCCUGCAGAAACAGGUCAGUGCUGCGGAGGAGCGAGUCCGAGAAUUGGAGGACUUGCUGGCCACUGACCGGGACAAGUACCGCCGGCUGCUGGACUCCAAGGAGCGGGAGAUGGCGGAGAUGAGGGACCAGAUGCAGCAGCAGCUCGAUGAGUACCAGGGGCUGCUGGACAUCAAGCUGGCUCUGGACAUGGAGAUCAGUGCUUACCGCAAACUGCUGGAGGGAGAAGAGCACAGGCUGAAGCUGUCCCCCAGCCCCUCCUCCAGAGUGACAGUGUCUCGCGCCACCUCCAGCAGUCUCUCCAGUGCCACCCGCUCCUCCCGGGCCAAGCGGAAGAGGAUCGAGGUGGAGGAGUCCUCCGGCAGCAGCGGCAUAAGCAGCGGCGGCAGCAGCAGUGAGGGCAGCAGCGUCCAGAUAUCUCAGAAAGCAGAGUCUUCCGGGGAAAUCAGCAUUGAAGAGAUCGACCUGGAGGGGAAGUCUGUGUGUGUCAAAAAUAACGGAGACAAGGAUCAGUCUCUUGGUGGUUGGAGACUGAAGAGGCAGAUUGGAGAUGCAGAUGAAAUUGCAUACAAAUUCACUCCUAAAUAUGUCCUCAAAGCUGGCCAGACUGUUACGAUCUGGAGUGCUGAGGCCGGGGUGUCUCACAGCCCCCCCUCCGACCUGCUGUGGAAGAGCCAGGGCUCCUGGGGCACUGGAGACAACAUCCGCACUUACCUGGUGAACUCUGAUGGACAGGAAGUUGCAGUGAGGACUGUAACGAAGUCCAUCGUAGAAGUGGAGUAUGAAGAUGACGAGGAGGCAGGCUAUGAAGAAGAGGAUCUUUUCCACCAGCAGGUUGGUAGUGUUGUCGGAAGGCAGUGGAGAGGCGGCUACACAUCACUGCUGGCCCAUGUGCUGGUGCUGGAAAACAGGGGGUUGCUGUAGGAAAGUGUAGUCCCA